AUGACGGAAAAAGAACAUAGUUCAGAGGAACUUCUAGUGCAAAUGGGCAUUUCUGUUGCGGUUGAGCUGAGGCUACAGCUUAGUUUACAAAUGACUUCUUGCCUUUCCUACAGGGCUACCAGCCUCAAGGUGGCAGUUCCUAUAGCCAGCCAUCUAAGCCCGGUGUCUGAGAAACAGCAGGCAAAAGAAACCCAUAAGGAAAUCUUGCAUUCCUUCAGUGUCCUGGAAAACCUUUAUAAGGCUAGAGUCCUCUCUGAGAUGGCUGGCUACCAGCCUCAAGGUGGCAGUUCCUAUAGCCAGGGCUACCAGCCUCAAGGUGGCAGUUCCUAUAGCCAGGGUUCCCAAGUCAGCCAGUCCUAUGGCCAGGGCUACCAGCCUCAAGGUGGCAGUUCCUAUAGCCAGGGUGGGCCAGGUUACUCGGGCAGCAGCACUUCUUAUGGCCAGGGCUACCAACCUCAAGGUGGCAGUUCGUAUGGCCAGGGUGGAUCUGCUUAUUCAGGUGGCAGUAGUGGUUGUGGACAAGGUGUUUCAUAUGAUAGCAAUCCUUGCCACCAGGAUGGAUCACAGGGUGGUCAGAGUGGAUCAUACUCACAAAGCUAUGGUGGCAGCCAACAGGGUGGAUCAUCUUCCUCACAAAAUUAUGGUAGCAGCCAGGAUGGAUCAUUCUCACAAGGCUAUGGUGGUGGUCAAGGUGGAUCGUCUUCCUCAGAUGGCUAUUAUGAUAGUCAGGAUUCACAAGAUUUCUCAGAUGAUAAUCCCAAUGCUUGUGAUGAUAAUGACACUACCUAUAGUGCCAGUGCUCAGCGUUCUGGUUGUGCAAACAAGAAGGUUGUUGUUGCCCGAGAUACAUCACAUGUUUUGAGCAGAAGAGCCUAUGAUGUACAGAAUGAGACUUCUACUUCAAAUAACAGCGACACUAACUACCAGGGUGGAUCAUUUAUUGCAACCGAUCGUGGAUCAAGUAGUCAGGGUGGUUGCAUUUGUCCUGAUGGAAGCAGUGGGAGUAGACAGGGAGGCCCAGGUUCUUCACACAGCACGUAUUCUGGUAACCAGGGAGGGUCUUCCUUCCAUCCCGGAGAAUCCUAUGGACAGGAGGGCCCAGGGUCUUCCUACAGCUCCUACUCCGGUAACCAGGGAGGCUCUUCCUUCUCUCCUGGUGGAUCGUUCGGACAGGGAGGCCCAGGUUCUUCACACAGCACGUAUUCUGGUAACCAGGGAGGGUCUUCCUUCCAUCCCGGAGAAUCCUAUGGACAGGAGGGCCCAGGGUCUUCCUACAGCUCCUACUCUGGUAACCAGGGAGGCUCUUCCUUCUCUCCUGGUGGAUCUUAUGGACAGGGAGGGUCUUCUGUCUAUGACAGUGGCAGUGAAUCCUAUGGUCAGGGUGGAUCUUCCACAUAUAGUGGUACUGGAUCUUAUGGUCAGGAUUCACCUUCUAUGGGAAGCAGUGAAACUAAUGACAGUGAUUCCACCUCACCAUCUGGCAGCCAGCAGAGUGAACGGGAUUUUUAUUCCCCAGGAGGCAGCCAAUCAGGUGGACAUGGAUCAUCUUCUCAAGGUGGUGGCUACUCCAGUGGACAGGCCUCAUCCGGAAGCAGCCAGUAUGGUGGGCAGGGUUCAACUUCUUCAGGAGGCAGCCAGUAUGGUGGACAGGGUGGAUGUGAUUGUUCUGGGGGAAGUUCUGGUGGAUCCCCUACCUUAGUCAGAAGUGAUUCCUCUGCAAAUGGCUCAUCAUCUUCUGGAGGCAGCCAGUACAAUAGCCAAGAUUCAUAUUCCUCUGGAGCUAGCCAGUAUGGUGGACAAGGGCCAUCAUCUUAUGGAGGCAGCCACUAUGGUGGACAAGUAAGCAUUAAUAUUUCCCACUUUUGUAGUUUUGACCUAUGCAAACUUGUAGUUUAUUCACUGUCUACCAUGGCUUCAUUUAUCUUAGUCUAAAACCCUCUCAGUAAAUCUUUCUCUGUAGCAUUUCGGUGUUACUGUGAUUAAACAAAACAAGUUCAGAUGAAGACCAUUAUUUAAGACUAAGAAAAAACAGAAUGUUAAAUACAUGGUUGUCUCAAUUGCCUCCUGAAAUUUGCAGUACUAGAGGUCAUGUCUUUCUUAAAUAAAAUGGUAAUUCAUGAAUCUGACCAAAAAAUUUUAAAGCCUUAUGAAAUGAUUCUAUGAUUCUAUAAAAUGGGUGUAAAGAAGUUUGAGUUUCCUUUUUUGUUGAUAUUCAGGGUUCACCUUCCUCAGCAGGCAGCCAGCACGGUGGACAGGGUUCACCUUCUUCAGGAGGCAGCCAGUAUGGAGGACAGGUGAGCAUCUCUUCCUAUGUAGUCCUUACCCUAACACCCAGCUUCUACAUCAAAACUUGGUACUUUUCUAUUGACUAAAUGGUAAUAGAUGAUCAGCUAUCCAAGGACAGGUGAUCUGAAAUAAUACAAGAACUAUGAGGGGCCAGUACUUCUGUUGUAUCACAGUAAAUGCAGUUCUGGCCUUGUUCUACCCUCCAACCUGCUCGCCUCAUACUGGAUCCAUUUGUCUUCUGCUGCUGUCAUGGUUUCUUAGCUCUAACAGUAAGGAGUGGCUAGAACCAGUCAUGGAUAUAGAGAUAACUUAAUUCUUUUUGUUCAGGGUUCACCUUUUUCAGGAGGCAGCCAGUAUGGAGGACAGGGUCCAUCUUUCUCAGGUAGCAGCCAUUAUGGAGGACAGGGUGUAGGUUCUUCAGGAAGCAGCCAGUAUGGUGG